CCAUUAAUCUAAACAAAAUCCAUUUCUCAAAAACCUCUUUACUCUGUCUUUCGGUCUUUCUGUCUGUCCCUCCUCUUUUGCAACAUAACAAUGGGGAGUUGUUUUAGCAAGAAAACCAGAGGCGACAACACUUCUCCAAGCCAAACCAAACCACCUCAAAAUGAACUCAAAACCCUAGUUACUGAAAAAAAGACGAGAGUGGAAGAUCAAGAAACCCUGAAAAAGGAGUUCUUAAUCACCAAACCCAGUAAAAGUCACGAUCUUGAUCGAUUCUCAGAGGAUGACAAGGGAAGAACAGAACAAAACCCUAUUGCUCUGUCAUCCGACAACAAUCCCACAAAAUCUGAUCCAAUCGAUGCCCCAGGGAGCAACAUUGCAUUGGGAUUAGGGGUCUUGAGGACCUCCAGUUGCACGAAAGAAGAAAUUGACGCGAUUCUGAUACAAUGUGGUCGUCUCAGCCGCAGCUCUUCCAACGGGAAAGCAGCGUGUUCCGGUUCUUCCGACAAUCAGGCGAGCGGACACGCCAGGAAAUAUUCUGGGUCAAAGAGGAGCUUUGAUUUCGAUCAAGAUGGUUCAAACAAUACCAAAGGUAACAGCUUUCAGAGAGACGUUGACAUUGACGUGGAAGACGGCGAUGAUGAUCAGACCACGGUUGAGAGAAUUCGUCGCCACCGUCAACGACAGUCCUCCGGUAGACGGCGUACACCAAGCAGAGAGAGAGACCAGCAACAGAGAUCCGGGAGCAGUAGACGGGUGAGCCGCUCACCGACCGGUCGGAGAUCUGAAUCUCCAAACACCGGCGGAGGAGCAAUAUUAGGUAACAUCACAAACAACAAUGCUGUAAACAAACCGGGGAAGAUUAUCUCGGUUCCGGCUACCGUAAAUUCUCUUGUUCUGGACAAAAGAAACAAUCUUUCCGAAGCUACAACUGCAAUUAAGCGGAUUCAAGUCAAUGAAAAGCCUGUCGGGUCGCGAAGUGCUGCUUCACCUCGUUCUCAGUCCCCGGCAAGGGCCAAUGUCAGAGCAGCCGCUGAAAACCCUAACCCACAAUCCGGCCAACAACAACAGCAGCCGUCAUUGUCACUUAGCCGAAGCAAUUCAAGGAAGGCCGAACAAUCUCCUUUUAGAAGAAACCCUUUGGGAGAGAUUGAUCAGAACAUAACCACUGGCACUGGCUACCAGAAAGCAAUGGUCAACAAUGGCAAAAUCACAGAUAACAAUCCAACUUCAUACACUGCAUUAUUACUUGAAGACAUUCAAAAAUUCCACCAAAAGAAGCCUGUGGACGACCUUAAGAAGAAGAAGAAGGAGUCUUUUGUAGAAGAUGAUCUGUUGGAGCAGAGCAGUCACCAAUAUGUAACGGUUAGGAGAAAGGGCAGGGAGGAAGAUCUAGAAGAGUCUUCCGGGAGCAAUAGUGUGGUGAGUGGUGGACAUAACUGGGUUUCGACUGAUUCAACCGAUAGUUGGAGUACUUCUUCUGUAAAAGAUGAUCCCAUUGAUAUCCGAAGAAGAGGAAGAAGAAUGACGAUUGAAAAGAAGGGAUUUGAGAAUAAUAAACAGACGACAGGAAUUGGGAGAAAAAGAAAUGUUCAUUCAAUUGCUGCUUCAAGUUGAAUGUUGUCUUAAUUCAUUGUUUACAACAACAAUCUUCACUCUAGUCAAUAACUCAUUUAUGUUUGAGUAACAUUUUAUGCCUCGUCUCGUGUCCACUUUUUGAGUGAUGUUUUUAUGCAUUUUUUUGUGUGUGAAAUAAUUCAUUUCAUUCAAAAAGUUGUUACA